UUCCCUGACAAUAUCACCGGUGAUGAUUCAACAUCAACGAAAAACGACACACCUGCUCCAACUUACACACAUGAGCUUGCAACACUUAAAAUACAGCUUCAAGCUGAAAAAGAAAAAGGGGACCUGAGAGAUGAAACCAUUGCGAUUCUGAAAACUGAUAAACAGUUCCUCCAAGAAGAGUUGGUAAAGAAAGAUAGCUGCCUAAAAGCAUCAAAGAAAUCUCCACGGAUUGCCAUUUCUAGUUCAGAGGAGGUCAUUGAUUCUGACGAGUCUUCAAGCCUUUCAGACUCCUCCCUUGAAGAGGUCAAGGUGAAGAAGAGAAAACACAAGCACAAAAAAAUAGCACUACCUCUAGCUGAUGCUAUUGGACACAACCGUGUACGCAUGAGGAAUACCAGAGGCAUCAUUCGCAGAUACCUUGACACUCUAGAAGCCUUCAAGAAGGUGAAAUCCAUGAAAGCUGCAUUUGAUGCUAUUGGAGUGGACAGAAACACAAUUGCAAGAACUGCAAUUAUUGCAGAGCUGCAUCUGGCUGCACCUGAUGUUUUGAAGACCAUGGGCCAGUGGAACGACAAAACAGAGACACUGAGCAGAUUUAUUGGUAAAUGUCAUUCUGCACUGACCACUGAAAUUAAAGAAAAAUUACUCAAAUGA